AUGCCUCGCGGCUCGACGUCUUCAAACACGAAGCGGUCGAGCAAUAACCAGAAUUCUUCAGGAAACUCUCAAAAUGGCGGUCUAGCUCCUCCGAAACGUCACCAAGCCCGUUCUAGAGCCUCCAGCAAUGCUAAUACAAACGUUCCCGGCAACCAAUCCAACGGUUCUGCCUCGUCUACCGGUCAAUCUCAUGGUUCUGCGUCAUUGGAGGAUAGUGUCAACAACAACAAUAACGGUAAUAACAACGGGAAGCAAUCGACUUUUCAGGAAUCCUCAUCUUCUGCUUCCGCUUCGAAGGGACAGCUCGGUGUUAAUGGCGUAGGGAUGGCGGCGAAUAUCUCUUCCGGGGACCCUUCGACUACUUCUUCGAUGGCUCGUUUGCAUUUGGAUGGAGAUGGCGGAAUGAAUGGGACUGUGACUCCUCAGAAGCGGAUGAUCGAUCUCGACCAGUCCGGUACCAGUGUUUCCGGCGCAGACAGCCAUUACAGGACAAUUCUUCCCUCCUGGCCGUUGAUAGAUUCCCUCAUGCUUCUCAUCAUCCUGCUACAACUGCCGACUACACUUCUCACCUUGGUUCACCUCCUAUUUGCCUCCCUAUCAUUCGUCCCCCACAAUCUCACCCUUCUCGGUCCGAACCCUUCUUCACCGACGAUCAACUAUGGCGCCAUUUCAAACUAUAUUUUCCAGGGCCAGCAGGGUGGACCAUCCGUGCUGACGAUCAUCAUAUCCGAUAUAAUAAUGGCUUUGGUCUCGAUGCUGUUAUGGCCCAGUGCUAGGAUAUUUCUUGUCGAUCUUGCCCAGGCUGUCGUUGCUUUGUCCCUAGGUGCUGGUUCUACGGGUUCUGGUAAUAGCGGGGCGAUGAGGAAUGCUGCCGUCUGUGCAUCGGUUGUCGGUAUAUCACAGAUACUACGGGAACGCUCUCAAAUUGCACACCAUCUUGGAAUACCGGUUUCUCAAAAUGCAGGAAAUGAAUUGAAUACGCUUACGCCUUCAUCAGCGUCCCCCGGUAGUAUAAGAAGUGCACUGGCUGUUCACAUCGUCGCCCAGGGUAUUAUGAAAGCUACUAGGAGAUGGCUGACAUUGAGGGACCCUGCCGAGUAUGCUGCUUCUCACCCUACAACAUCUUCUUCGUCGAUUUCUGCGUCUUCAAAUCCCUCAUCAUCAUCGUCAUCAUCUGCAACAUCGACGGCUAAAGGUGGUUCUGCAUCUAGUGUUGUUUCAAAUGCGCCGAAAGACCCCGAAGUUGGAUGUCCGACUACCUCAACCGCCACCACGACUACGACUACCGUCAAAAAGAAGGGGAGGCUAGGAAUUUGGGUUCGAGGACAACAACCAUUGUGGGCGGCGCUUGCUAGUUCUAUUGUUCAUUUAAAAGAAGUUGAAAAGUUACAUGCUGCGAAUGCUAGUGAUUCUAAAAUUACAUUAUCGGAUACGACUUAUGGGUCCGACGAGCCGAAAGUUUGGAUUACGAGGAUAGGAUCGAAUGAGAUUGAAUUUGGGUCGAAUUAUCAUCCGCCGAACACGCCGAAUGACGAAGAAGGAGUUGAUAAGAGGUUUCCGUUUAUAGUUGAGUUGAAUGGGAUUAAAUGGCCCCAGACGACGAUUUCAAUGGCGAGUGGGGGAAGAGGGGAGGAUAGUACGAUUAGUCGGACAAGGGAUGAAGAAGAGUGGACUGCAGAGAUUUCGGGACUCACGCCGACGACCGUGUAUGACAUUUCUUUCAUUAGGAGAACUACUGGGGAAAUUAUAUACUCGGCCAGCGUCGGCACGACGUCCAAGCAAGCCGCAAAUGUGGAUGCACCGAAAGAACCAGUCCCCGCCAAACCCCAACGCCCCUUAUCCCCCAUUACUACUCUUCAGAACAGCUUAAACGCCUCGCGCAGCAAUCUGGAGGAGCAAAAACGCCGGAUCAAAGUUUCGAAGAAAGGGAAUUCUCGACGAAUAAGUGGCCUGCGUAGUGAGAUCGACUCUCUAAAGUCUCGACUAGGGUCUGGAGACAAGGGAGACGAGCGUGCACGCCGUAGAGCACUAUCUUUGAGAGACUCUGUCCGCCGUGCGGAGGAAGAGACGGAAAACAUCCAAAUGGAGUUACAGACCUUAAAGGAACUACCGGAGGACCAAGAAACGGAAUGGGAAGAUAAGAAGAAAUCGUGGAAGGGUGAGAAGGAGAACUUGACUGUUUCUGAGAAGGAUGCGAUUGCCAUGCGUGAGCAAGCCGACCGUCGACUUUUGGAGAUUAAGAACGAGAUCAAUUCCGCUACUGCCAAGAGGGAAAAGGCUGCUCGAAGGGUUUCGAAUUUGAGAGCUGACUUGGAGCGAGCAAAGACGGAGACGGCGGCCACCGCAGAGGAGCGAGAGAAGGCUAAGCAACGGGAGCAAUUGAAACAGAGAAGGCAGGGGAUUGAAUUGGAGUUUUCUGCUUCGAUUGCGAAGAUGGAGCAAGGCAUGAUUAGUUUCCGACAUAAAUCUCGCGAAAACUAUUCCAGCAUCCGAUCUUUGGAGGCCUCAUUCUUGAUGCAGCAGCAGCAGCAGCAGCAGCAGCAGCAGCAAGCAGCACAUGUUCAUCAAAUGGCGAUGGGAGGUCUUACGGCUACGGAUAUGGCAUUCCCGCUUGCGGCGCAGUUGAUUCAAAAUAUGUCGCCACGAGCCGGGUUUGGUCAACCCGCCUAUAACAAUAAUCCAUAUGGUGCCUUCUAUGGCAACCCUUCGCCGCACACCUCAGGCUCAUUUAGCAGUAUCAACCUCCAACCGCAGAAUCCAAUUGUGAGCCCGUUUCCUAGCGCUUACCCGGGGUACGACCGUGGUCGAUCAACAUCUAUAUUUUCUAUGGAUAGUGCUUUGACCAAUCUAUCUGACUAUGAUAAUAACGCGCACGCUCGCAAGAAGAGUAUUCCUGAAGGUGCUAGUUCCGGAUCCUCUUCUGGCAGUGACAGUCAUGAGGUCGAUGGAUAUAUCAAUCAUAUUGCUACCUCCGGAGCUGGUGGUCCGUUCGAUAACCAGGCGGUUGGGUACUUUGGGGUCCCAGCAGAAUUGAAUAAGUCAUUUGCAGAGAAGCUGAAGAGCGGUGUGGCAUUCCCACCGCUUCCGCCACCAUCUACCGCAAAUGCUACAACUGUUGUGAAACCGGAGGCGAUUGCUCGGUGA